GUCGAUCAACACUUUGAGAUAAAUACUGUUUUCCGCCACGGGAAAAUCUAGCCGGUCAAAUAAUCUCUACCGGGAAACAAAGUGCAAUGCCAACCACUUAUAAAACAUUUGAAGAAACACUGCUAGCAUGCUUGAUUUUACGCCAGUUUUGAGGCGGAAGUCACACGGUGUCAAGAUCAAAGAUGUACCCGGUUUGCCUUCUGGUAUUGGCGUUCGUUUGUGGGAGUAGGGCAGCUAAUAUUGAUGAUCUACCACCCAAUUUUCCGCGAUGCCAUCGCAACGAUCCAGAAUUGAAUAAGUGCAUACUGCGCGCCACCGAAACAGUCAGACCGUAUAUUCUGGAAGGAGUACCGAAUUUUUCCAAAAGCGUCGUCAACUUCAGCAUCCCUGCGGUCGUUCUACAGGACGGCAAUCAGGCCAUCAAUUACAGAGCUGAUGUUACUGACAUGACCAUGUAUGGACUUGAAAAUUACAAGUUCGAGUAUUUCAAUUUCAACCCAAAAAACCUGACGUACACCAGCAAACUAGCCUUUCCGUACAUUUACAUUGAAGGAAACUACCAUUUGCAAGGAAACAUCUUUUUUGCACCGCUGAAAGGUCAAGGCGCCUUCCACGUUAAUGUGAGCAGAACAUCAGUUUCAACGAUACAAACUAACAAAAAGGUGAUGAAGAAUGGAAAAGAAUAUCUGGAACCAGUCGUGUCAGCCCCAAAGCUGGCUAUUGGAGAAAUAGUAGAUUAUAAAUUCGACGGGUUAUUCCUCGACAAUGUAGAAAUUGCUAAGGUGGCAAAUUACGUGUUGGAUCAAAAUAUGGGUCUCAUUGUUCAGGAACUUCUACCCACCAUCAAUAAGAUCUUCGUCGCCUGCGUGAUCUCUUUCAUUACCUGCGGUGUACCGGAGGUAUACGAAGAAGUCGUAGAGCAUCCUGUCAACAUCAGGACCGUCAGAAACCCCAAAGAACUUCACGAUAAACCCUUCUACCAGCCUCCUGUGUUCGACUAUAGAAUGGCUAAGCAACAAGACCUGUUGAGAGCUAAAUAUGCUCAGCAACAGAUGGUAGAUAUAGCUAGGUAUUAUAGGAACUCGAGGAGUAAUAAACCAGAAAAGAAGGCAUCGUGGUCUGAGAAUGAUGAGGAUUGGAAGCCUUUUACACCUAAAGUUAGAAGAGUCAGGGAGAGAGGCUCUAAGGAGUAUCAUGCAAAUCAUACAACGGUUGGGAAAGGAGAAGGCAAGGCUUCGUCUGAAGAUAGAAAAGAUAGCUAUAUAGCAAACGCAGAGAUACUGUAUCUACACCCAGACAUGUUUAGGAACGCCCAGGGAGUCCAAGUCAACGAGCUCAACGACUUGAUUGGUAAAAAUCCUAACGUUCAGCUGGAAGGUCUGAAGAGAUUGUUGCAAAUGAAUGGCCAACAAAGACAUGUUGUUUCAACAGUAAAACAACCUCGACAUUUCCAACAACCACAAGGUCACGAGAGUCCUCAACACUCUCAAAAACCCGCUCAGUUUCCUCAGCAAGAUGCAGAGCCACAACAACAUCACGAAGAACUGCCCGCGUCAUUAUCUGAUGAAGACGUUAAAAACGGAGCUCUCGAGAAGCUCCAAAACCGUUUGAACGAAGCUGCAAAACAGCAAGCGGAGCAAAUGUUGCUCCAAGCUCAGCAACAAGCGCAGGCCCAGGUUGAAGCCCAAUACAAGGCUAUAGAAGCCCAAAGGGAAGCUAUGCUGGAGAAGGCUAGGAACACCAUCCAACAGUCAACUGUAGCACCUCCUGCUUCAAAAAACAAUGUCGUUUCUCAAGAGUACCAAAGCACACCUAUUCCGCAUCAUGAUGUUAUGUUGGUACCUCAACCUAGUCCAGCCCCCGUGAAGCCCAUAGUACCUUUACAAGGGUAUUACACCACGUCAGAUCCCGAGCAAGAGUAUAUUUUGGUGCCACAGUCCUCACCAGCUCCUGUGGAAGAGAACGAGCAAGACACUUAUAGCACACCUGCUCCUAGAAGGGGAAUCCCACAUCAACAUGUAGAGAAACAAGGACAGGUCAUUUGGGUGACGCAAACUCCAUCGCCGUUUAUGGUACCCUCUACAUCCGAUCCAGUGGUUGUGAGCUCUUCGAAUCCGAACCAUCACGAAGCUCUACCUACACCCGCUGCAAUAAUCCAGAUACCUGAAACGUACGAUGAACCAAACGUCCGAAAAUCUCCUAUGACCUUGAAGAACAUCCUCUACGAGCGUGAGCACGCGAAACAUUACGCGCCGGAUCACCAGCAUCUUGUGAUUGAGCAGGCUAAAAAGGCUCUCAUAUCUCAAAUCAAAGACCAAAACAGGGCCAUUCUGAAUAAAAAGAGGAUUCUCAACGCAAGGAAACCGGUACACGCGUACCAAGAGGUAGCUUUAGAACCACAAGAGGCGGAAAAUGUUCAGAAGGUCUACGGUUACGGAGACGAUGAUGAUGGAAGCUACCGUGAGGGUGGAGACGUAAGUACUCAUCCUUGUUGUUUUGUUUCUUACAGGAACAAUACGCUUCCAAGUAUGCCUUCGGCUACCGAAUCAGAGACAACAAGGAAGGCAACGAUUUCGGCCACGAAGAGAGAAGAAACGGCAAGACUCUUGAAGGCAGUUACGACGUUCUGUUGCCAGAUGGAAGGAGACAGAAGGUGUCAUAUUAUGCAGAUAAUAGCGGUUUCCACGCGAAAGUGACGUAUGAAAGCACAGGUCAUCAGUAGCGCUCUGCUGAUUUGGAAUUGUUAUUUAUUUUGUAGAUGUCUUGAUUUGUUAUUUAGUUUUAAUUCCUAGAUAUUUAUGCUUUAUCAUUUAAUCGCCUAUGUGAGGCAUUCAAAGUAUUUUUUCUUCAAAUUGCUGUUGCUGUUUAAAAUGGCUAAUGUAAGAUGUUUAAGUUUUCCACGUAGACAACUUCUUAUAGAUUCAUUGUGAAUAGUUGCACUGUUCAGAUUUCCUAAGUUACGCUUUUUAUUUAACUUUCAUAGAUACUGCAACAUUUGGAUCCCAUAUGGAGGAGUAAUAAUAUUUUUGUGAUUCCUUAUGGGAAUCUUUAGAACAACUUCUACAUUUUGAAAUUUGAUUUUUGAAAUGACCAAAAUCGCUUGAUUCAAAUGUUUCCAGGACACUCUAGAUAAUUGUGAUAUUUAUCUUAUUUUCUUAUAUUUAAUAAGAGCCAUGGUGACGACGCCGGCAUCAGUAGCUAAACUACCCUAUUGAAAUAUAUAGCGUCUGGUGACGACGCACAUCAAAAUUUUGGUUGUCAUCACAGAAUAGGUACAGGCCAACCCUUCAGUACCAUUUUCAGCCUCCAACACUUAUCUGUCAGUGAUCCGCCAUAGCGGGUUUCGAGCACCGCCGUUUACAGCGUCAAACGGCGGUGAAUCCUCGCGUACUCCGUACAGGUUCGGACUUAUUGUUUGCUAUACAGGGUGUCCGCAAAGUUGGAGUUUUCCUUUACACGACGUGUAGAUCUUGAAAACAUAAGCAAUUUUUUAGUUAGUUAGUACCAUAUACACCAAUGUCUUAAG